AUGGUUACCACCCUUAGGGUUUCAAGGGGGAGUCUCACUUCUUCUCCACCUCUUAAUUUGACUCCAUCAGAGCCCAGACUUCCCUAUCCUCAAGUUAAAAGAGCCCAAGAUCAAAAGAAGAGGAAGGAGAUACAAAAACAAGAGUUCAUUGACCUAUUCAAGUCCGUUAACAUCAAUAUCCCAUUACUUGAUGUCAUCAAGCAAGUUCCGGCCUAUGCAAAGUGCUUGAACGACAUGUGCACCAAUAAGAAGAAGUUUGUGGAGAAUGAGGAUGCGUACUUGAGAGAGCGUGUGUCGGCCGUACUUCAAAGGAGGUUGCCUCCUAAGCUUAGUGACCCCAGAUCUUUUACUAUUCCUUGUAUCGUUGGGUCACGAAGCUUUGAUCGAGCAUUAUUAGAUUUGGGGGCUAGCAUCAACCUUAUGCCCUAUGAUGUGUACAAGACUUUGUCAUUGGAGUCAAUCAAGCCUCUAAAGAUUAAGCUUAAGAUAGUAGAUAGGAGUAUCAAGUAG